UGAAGUGAAGGGCUCCAGGCAGUCAUUGGUGAGUCGAAUUGUCUGUUGCACAGACGUCAGGAGAUUAGCGGCUCGCAGCUGGAAUACAAGGUUGAAUCGCAAAGACGGGAAGGAGGCAUAGCAAGAGCUGAAAGUGGGCAUCGGAAAGCUGCAUCCUGUACUCUGACAGGAAUGAAAGGAGAGCCUUUAUUCCCCGGGAUGAGAGACAUCACGCUUUACCAAUACUUUGGUCUUCUAGAUGGAGAAGAUCUCUUUGUUCUGCAAAACCCAGCUGGAGAUCAUUUGCUAGAAGCCCACUUCCAUUACAUCACAGACUUCAAUGACCUGCCCACCUCACUGUUUGCAUGCAAUGUGCACCAGUCUGUUUUUGAGGAUAAGGUUGGGAAGGAAAAGUUUGAGGCUCUCUUCCAAGCCUAUGACGACCAUGUCACAUUCCAGUUGUUUAAAAGCUUCAGACGUGUGCGGAUCAACUUCAGUAACCCAAAAGCAGCAGCCAGUGCCAGGAUAGAGUUACAUGAAACACAGUUCAGAGGAAAGAAACUAAAGCUCUACUUUGCUCAGAUGCAGAAUCCAGGCUCGGAUGGAGACAACCUGCACCUGGCACCACCUCAGCCCUCCAAACAGUUCCUCAUCUCCCCCCCAGCCUCACCCCCUGUGGGAUGGCAGCAGAUUGACGAUGCUACACCUGUCAUCAACUACGACUUGCUUUACGCAGUUGCGAAACUAGGACCUGGAGAGAAGUAUGAGCUCCAUGCAGGAACAGAGUCGACUCCCAGCGUGGUGGUUCAUGUCUGUGAUAGCGACAAUGAAGAAGAGGAAGAACCAAAGAAUUGUCCCAAACCAAAAAUAAUUCAAACUAGACGCCCUGAUCUUCCCACGACUGUGUCUCACUGAACUGGGUUGUUGGAGAAAAAGCAAAAACAAAAGAAAACUUCACUGUUUCAGCGUCUCUCUCAAAGCGGUUGUUUGUUACUGAACACAAUCGUCUUUCCCUUACAGGACCCGUCAUGUUCAAUAACCAUUCUCUGUCUGGUCAGGCCUUCCAAAAGGGCUAAAGGGGGCUUUUUGUGUAUUCCUUGUUUGUAAUGCGCAGUCACUACUGAGCAAUGACAUUGCUAUGUUCUGUUGGCAUUAUUUUGUGUACUGUGUCCCUCCCCUUAUGGCCGUGUUUUUGUCUGGUAGCCAUUGGUAGGCAGUAAGAGAUGUCCCUGGAAACAGUACUAUAGUCUGUGACCAACAGGAACAGAGGUUUAUUAUUAUAAAGUACAAUCUGGCACUUCAUACCAUUUCGAAUACCAACAGUGUCAACGAAGAGUGCUUUUUUACAAGGACAUGAAAGUUAAUGAAGUGACAGAAGAAGAACACUAAGCUGCAUGAGUUCACAUAAUAUAAAUCAAAAUUUUGUUUAAAAACCUGAAGCUAGUCUGAGGUUAAUGCUUACAUAACCAUCACAUUGACCACAGAAAGCUUAAAAGUACUAAAAUUGCAUGCACUCAGCCCUGUCUUUAACUGUGAUGUGCAUUACCUUUGUUCUGUUUGCUGUGCAAAGCUGUUUCCUUCAACAGCUAGCUGUGUCUCUGGCUUUCUGUGUUUCUGACAGGAAGUAUAACAUUUCAGGCCACGUAUGGUUAUCAAUCAUCUUGUGUAAACGUCUAUGAAGAGAAAAAUCCAUUUUUUUUACUUUCUUGGAGGCAAAUUUCCUUUUGCCCUAGUCUGUUCCAAGGGUCCUGUCCUAAAAGUACUGUAUGGCUCUCCUGGAGUCUUUCAUUGAAACCAUUAAUCUAAAGAAAUGUAAAGCCAAUCAUUGUUAGUUAUGCCUAGAAUCUGUGAAUGUGUGUUUUUUUUACUUAAGUAGCUAUCUGGCAAUGUGCAUGGUAAUUGUUUCAUUUAAUCAUUUCAAUAUCAGAAAACAACCCAUUGAUGAGAUUCUUAAUAGAUGUUGUGCCUCUAGUGGAUGCACCGUGUGUUAUGUUUAUCACAUUUAAGAGCACAUAGAUGCAUGAUUAUUGAGAGAAGAAGGAAAACAUCCAUUGUAAAUUUUAGUAAUUUCGAAUUUCCAAGUGCUAUUAUACAACUGAUGACAAGAUGGUUGAAAGAAUUGUGAAACUAAUUAAUCCCCCUCUUCCUUCUCUUUUGAGUCUGUUCUUUGUCUCCAAAGUCAGAGCAGUGUUAGAUUUUCAACAUGAAUUAUCCAUUCUAGACAAAGACGUGACAUUUUUCUCAAAUUAGGACAAUUAUAGGGCUCAUUGCUAGAGAUAAUAAUUGAAGUCGCUGAACUUUCAUUUUCAAAGCUUGGUUGUCAUUAAUCUGCAGCCUGAGUGUCAGGCUUAGAAAUUCUGAUUUGAAAUUGAUCUACAUUUUUCAAAAACAUCUGAUAAAGAUGUUCAAUGACAGUGAUCAGUGAGUGUUCCUCAAUGGGUUUAAGAAAACAGUUGUCUAGGUCUGAUUGCAGACUGGGUGUUUGAAUGGCAACCAUAAACUUAAAAGACAAUUAGGAAAUGACGUUCUGCAUGUCCUGUCCAAGUGGGGUUAUUGUAGAUGUUUUUGUAUGUCUUACCUUUUAUUGCAUAAUGCCAACUGUAUAAUGUAGUAUAAAAAAGCAUGUUUCCAGGAAAAGCAAUGAUUAGGCAAAUCACAGGAAGUAUAAAGAGGUGUUGGGAGACAACAGCUCCAUUGCUUUCUCGGAGAAAGUCCAUUUUAUCAUACUGGGUUGCAGUUGUUUUUCAUUAAGUUCAAUCAGCAAGAAUUUUGUAUACUGUAUGUUAGCACAAUCAGCAAUUCUAAAGUAACAGUUUUACUGUCUUAAAUUACACAAUUUGCAAAAUAAGGAAAACAUAUUUCUUGACCUAUUGGGCUGGAUAGAGUUUUGUGCACUUGCAGCUUUCUACGUUUCUUAUUUAAAAAGAAAGCAAGUUGGUUAAGAGAGAAACCUUGCUACAGUAUGCCAAGAUUUGCCUUGCAGCAUCAAUAAGCUGCCUUUUAACUCAUAUUUGUUAUGUUCCUCUCGUCUAUGAAAAACAGCAGUCUGGUUUGUUUUAACAAAACGUGCGUAUACCUUGCACUGUGCUGAAAGUUUUAUCUGGCCCAGUUCAGCAUGUUUGACUUUUUAAAGAUGUUGAAGUGUCAGAAAUAAAGUUUUCAUUAAAGGGGCUCAUUUUUUUUGGGACCUGUCUGAGGAGUCGUGAACUAUACCAGAAAGCUUAGCUGCUCUAGUGGAACAGAGAAUUUAUAACAUAAUUUUGCUCUGAUGGUACAGUAGGAUAUUGAAAUGUAUUUUGAUGGAACUAUGGUAAUGACAUUCAUGCUUUGCCAAUGUGAUCAUUCAGAUGUGGCCAUCUGGUUAUCACAAUAUUCUUUUGCACUGCAAAAUUAUACCUCACAGGUAUAAAUGAGCAGACUAUGUGCUGCAGUCCUUGGUGUUUGAUUUUUCCUUGAUUAAAGUCAUGAAGUAAAGGACCAUAAUUUUGUUUAAGGAAUGAAUGACUAUCAUAUAUACCAUGCUCCAUUUACUAAUGGAUAUGCUCUCACUAUUUCUUGAAUUCUGAUCGAAUUCUGAUCAGGACCGGGCAAAACACAGUCGAUCUGUGAUUUUUGAGUAUAUUCAAAUAACACUCUCUUAUUUACAGUAUUUCCCAUGUAGGUUAAAUGUCAAAGUCCACUAUUAUCGAAUAAAGAAAUAUUCAAAUAGACAAGAAAAACACAAUUUCAGUGAAUUAACAAUAGAUGUUUUCUGUAGUUAUUUUUGAUCACACUACUUUUAUUUAAAGUUUUAGGUAUCUUUGUUGAGCUGUUAAACCAACAGUAGGCUUUUGAUGGAGUGGAUUAAAACAAGCUUCCCUGUAUUUCAUUGUUGAUUAUACAGGCUACUUAGCAGUAUGUUAAUUGCUUAAAUUCCUUAAUGUGCUGCUUAGUUUUAGUGAGAAAAAUAAUUUAAUUCAAAAUUUAAUGGUUUAUAUGACAGUCAAAAAAAGCAGAAAAGAGACCAAGUAGCAGUUCUUAAUAUAACUGAAGUUGCCUAAAUUUGUUGUUUAAAUUAAAGAGCACACUGGUUCCUGAAUUCUGCUGGGAAGUUACAGUACAUUUUAACUUUAAAUGCAUAAGCAAACACAUUUACAAGAAAGAUGUAAAGGACAAAUCAUGAACCUCAUGUCUCCAUUUUGUUAAUGGUGAACAUUAAGAAAAAAAAUGUUUUAUUUGGGAAAAGGUGUUGAUAUGGCUUAACGUCAACUACUUAUAUGAAGUAAAGAUGUUUAAUGAAGUAGUUCAUAGAAAAUUAUAAAAAAUAAAAAAUAUUGUUUCAUGUACUGUUUAAUGAAGACUUAUUUUACAGUUCAGGGCAUGUUUUUCUUUGUUGUAAACAUACUGAAGUGCUCUUGCCACUGAAUGUUUGCUUCUCAGAGUAAAAAAAUGAUGAUGCCCUAAAUAGGAAAAGGUCACGUCUAAUAAAUGUCCAAUUUUAAAUUCUCAUUUUUAUUUCUGGAUUAUACAGUAUAUUCUUAUGCACCUUCAAUAAGUAAGAAUCCAGCACCUUGUCAUUUAUGUACAUUUUUUAAUUUCCAAACACCUAUAUUCAGAGAUUGUUUAUGAUUAUAUAUUGUAUGUUGUUCUAAAAGUCUGUUGGAAUGGAGAGUAGUACCACUGAUGAUGAUAAACAAUAUCUAUAUUGUGUAUUAUUGUGCAAGAUCAUUAAGGUACUUGUCAUCUACAUGUAUGACCUGCCUGCCUACACUAAUGUGACAUAUCUGUACAUAUUAAUCAAUUCUAUUUUUACUGCAUUUUUGUACAAAUAUUCAUUGUAGCAAUGUACAAGUAGUUUAACUGAUUCUACAAUAGUAAAGAGUUUGGUUUUAA